UCAAGUGACUAUUGGCCUUUCUACCUUUAUUCUUUCCCUUGUAGCAUCUCUGCUGUUGCUUCAAAUAUUUUGAACCUCAAUCCAUGACUUUCCUACUUUUGAAUGCUCCUUCUUCAAACCCAAUAUCUCUAGGUCUAAGACUCUCCUCUUCUCUGAAACCCAGAAGAGCCUCAUCAGCUUCGGCUCCCAAAACAAUCCAGCAACAGACUUAGUCAUAGACUUUGGCAAACACAAAGGCAAGAUGCUAGGCACCCUCCCUUCAAACUAUCUCAAAUGGGUGUCCAAAAACCUGCGUGUCCGUCACUUUGAACACUGGGCAAACCUGGCUGACCAAGUGCUUCAAGACCCUGUUUACCAGGACAGAAUAGAGUGGGAGUUUGCUGAGAAUGUUUUGCAUGGAAACAAUGCAAAAGUAACAACAAAUGACUCUUUCUUGUCAGGUAACCAGAGCGCAGUGUCUAUGUUGUUAGAGAUAAGUGAAAGAUUCGGUUGGGAUAAUGAAGAUAAGGCUGGCUGGAGGAAGGUUAACUUCGAGCUUCUUGGGACUAGUAAAGGUGGCAGGAUACCGAGAGUUGCGGAUAUGAACGAUGGUGAAAGCAAGAGUGGAAGAGAGGAAAAAGAAGUGAAACCUGAAGAUGGGGUUUUCGGAGAGAAGAGGAGGGAGAGGAGGGAGAGAGUGAGGUUGAAGAGAGAAGUGAAGUUGGGGAUUAAGCAGAAGAGUGGGGGUAGUUUCGGACAUGGGGUUGAUGGUGGUGUCAGGUUGGACAGGAGUCAAGGGUCUGAUAAAGAUCGGACGGUGAAGAUUUACAACCCAUUUCCUGGUCGUGAAUCUCUCUUGAACAAGGUACUUAACAACCGUAGAAGAUUUUUGUAGUGUCUCCUUCGGAAUGUAUUUUAACAGUUGAAAAUACUGUCCAUGUAUUUUUACAAUGUAUGUGGAUAUUACUCAAAGUUCUUGGCGAUUGGUGAUUCUGGUGAUCUAUGACAUAUCCUUUUCAGCAAUUCCGAGGAGAUCCCAGUCUCGGGAUGGUAAAGUUGUAUCAAUUUAUUAGAAGGAAAUAUAGGAAUUCAAAGAUAGUUUAAUUACAGCGGCUGAACAAAUUGGCAUCACAGAGUUAUGGUGUUGACCCCCUCCCUCUUCUCCUCCUCUUUCCUAACAAUCUGCUACACAGCAAAUGUCAAUGACAGAAAAAGAAAAGAUAAAAGGAGAAAGAAAAAAACUCUACAAUAAUUGGUAGCCGCCAAUCCAGUUCAUGAAACACUACAGCAACAUGGCUCUUCUCAAGAUCCAACUUUGUUCCUGAUGAUGCCCCUGUAAGUCUGUAACAUCCCUGUUUAACUGAAGGAUAAAUUAGCAUUAAGCAUCCACAAGUCAGGAGCAGACAGACUUUGCAUAUCCACAAACCAUUCUCUGUUUUGGGUAAGAUAUGGUCAUCUUACAGCACCAACUUACCAUCUUAAGUUGAUACUUCGAUUCUCCUAGCAUCACCCGAUGGAGGAAAACAUGGCCGUUAGAAGGUCACCAGUUGAAUUUCUUAAACAACCUGGUCAAAAACAUUUAGAAUGCUAGAACUUUGUUGCUCUAUCAUGGUUACACCUCAAUUUGUGGCAGUACCAUAUUUUCUCUGGGCUAUAAUUUAUGCCUGGAGUUGCUUU